GAAGAGUAUAAAUCUAGUAUACAUAGUUUGAUUUUGAUACUCCCAAGACAUUCUCUGGCCACUAAAUUCAUUACGUGUUGUAAUUUUUCAACAGUCAACCACGCCCCUCUUUGCCGACACGGACCAACCAGGCAGCCUCAUCUCUCUCUGUCAUGGCUUCAGCGGCGGCUGACUACUCCGACGAGCCUCUAACCCCAGCAGGCCGCCUCUUUGUUCAACCCCAAAUGAACCAAAUAAUUCAUUGCGCCGUCGGCUUCAAGAACCCAAUAAACAUAGACUCAAUCAAGUCCCAUCUCAAAAGCUCUCUCCUUCUCUCCCACCCCAGAUUCUCAAGCCUCAUGGUCCGCGACUCACAGGGCCUCGAGCACUGGCGCAAAAUCCCCCAAGUCGACCUCGACCUCGACCGCCACGUCAUCGUCGUCCCCAACCCCAUCAUCACCGCAUCCCAUUUUGACCAUGACACCGCGGUCAACGACUACUUGGCCGACCUCUCCACCAGCUCUGGGCUAAGCGCCGAGAAACCCAUGUGGGAAGUUCACCUUCUAAUGGCUCACAACUGCGCCAUCUUCCGAAUCCACCACGCUUUGGGAGAUGGUGUUUCGCUCAUGUCUCUGUUCUUGGCGAGUUGCAGGGGAGCUGAAGAUGAGGAAAAGAUGCCAACUUUGGCUUCUGGGAAGAGAAACAGAGUGAAUGGUGAAAAGGGUUGGUGGGCUUUGUUGAUUGGGUUUGUGGGUAUGUUGUGGUUUAGCUUGAUUUUUGUGGUGGAGUUUGUGUUGAGAUGCUUGUGGGUUUGUGACAGAAAAACAGAGAUCAGUGGUGGUGAUGGGGUUGAGCUUUGGCCUAGAAAGUUGGCCACUGCUCGUUUUAGGCUUCAGGACAUGAAGCUCGUCAAGAAGGCUGUUCCAAAUGCAACCAUCAAUGAUGUUCUUUUUGGGGUGAUUUCAUCAGGGCUAUCAAGAUACCUAGAUCACAGAACAACAAAUGCUUUGCCUGAAGGACUUCAAAUUACAGGGAUAGCCAUGGUGAAUUUAAGAGAGCAACCUGGAUUGCAGGAACUAUCCGAUUUGAUGAAAAGCAAUUCAGGGUCAAGUUGGGGUAACAAAUUCGGCAUGCUUCUCCUACCUAUAUAUUAUCAUAAAAGAAGUGGAACUGAUCCUCUAGCGUAUCUGAAGAUAGCUAAAGUGAUGAUUGACCGGAAGAAACGAUCUCUUGAGGCUUAUUUCUCGUACAAAAUUGGGUAUUUUGUAAUGACCUACUUGGGAGCAAAGCUUGCUGCCUGGCUGAAUUACAGGAUUGUUUGCAAUACUAGCUUUACUAUCUCAAAUAUACUUGGCCCGCAAGAAGAAAUCAUACUUGGAGGCAACCCUAUAACUUAUCUAAGAGUGAAUUCAUCCAGCCUGCCCCAUGCACUUACAAUGCACAUGAUAAGCUAUGCUGAAAGAGCAGACAUGCAAAUUUUGGUGGCCAAAGAUAUCAUCCCUGACCCGGCAUUUCUGGCAAAGUGCUUUGAGGAGGCCUUGCUUGAUAUGAAGGAAGCAGCAGCAGCCAUCAAUCGAACCUAGGAGGACCACUAUACAUUUUAAUGGAAUGUCAGAAAAUUUUAUGAGGUUGAAUGUGAAAGGAAGAUUAGUGAUACAUUUCAUUGACAUGCAGAAAGGGCAAAUAUCUGAAAAGGCUAAUAUGUAGAUGGUCGGCUCAUUUGCCAUCAUCAUCAUCCUUGUAGGCGUUCAAACUCUUACAAACAAAGACAUAUAUACAUCAGCCAUACCUACGA